GUAAAAGUUAUUAACUAGCAUAUCAAAUAAAUCAAUAAAAAGGAAUUUAUAGACACACUGGAUUUUGAAACAAUCAAAAGCCUAUGUGUAAAAAGCCUGCAAAGAGGAGUUGGAAGCAUGGACUUCAUUGACUCCCUUCUGGUCAUGGAAGAUGAUGACAAUGACAUAGAGGAGGAAAAUCUUGGCCUUGCAAAGGAACCAAUGGAUGUCGCAGGGCCAAGCACUCACCCACAGGGCCCCACUGCUGUUGGCAUUACACCAGCACCAAGACCACCAGGGGAACCACUACCAGACUGGUGCAAAUGUGGUAAUUGCCGUGAAAUGCCACAGCAAAUUGAAAAUGUUUGCUGUGGUAAAAGAAAUUGUGAGUCCGCCAAAGCAAGGUUUGGCAAGCUCUGCCUGGAUGUAGAGGUAUUAUCGCUUGGUAUCAGGUCAUCAGCAGAUAUUAGGAAUGAUUGGCAUGACAGCAGUGCAAGGGCGUUUCGAAAGGCAGGCUACAGGAACUACAUCCUUGACAAGCAUGGGUACCUUUGCAAGGGAAGAAGAAGAGUGGCCCCCUCGUGCAUUGUAUGGCAAAUAAGACAUCAUUAUCCUACUAGAACUGGGAUCUACAUGGGGUUCAGAGAGAACUAGAGAGGUUUAGCAUAAACGUCCCUUUUUGAUAAACCAGAUAAACAGAUGUCAGUGCAAACGACGAAUGAAAGUUCUAUGACUGAAAGGUGCUUUUCGGUACUGAUUAUUUAUAAAAUUAAAGGCCAUAAAAAAAUCUGGCAAUACCAGAGCCAAACAUUAGCUUAAUACGAAUUAUCCAUAUACUGUAAUUGGUAAAAACUGGUAUUCGACUGUGGUAGAAAUAUAACUAGACCAUGGUACAUUUGAUUUAAACUUCCAUUCUCCAAUUGCCAUUUGCACUGACAAUGUUUUUUUAUUAGGUGUAUGCAAUUAUGCUGAUUGAAAUUCACCCAUAUAAUAGAAGUACAUAAAUUGGACUAUUUGAGAGCUGUUACUUAAACAAGAUAUAUUUUUGAUGCUUCAACAUCAGGGUUAUCUAAACUAAUUGUUGGGUUAAGCUGACUUGGAGUUUUCACCAUGCAACACAGUGGAAUAGAGCUAAUUUAAAUAAUUUCCCACAAUGGGUAAAUACUGAGUGGUAAUAAAAAAACAUUUUAUUGAAAA